UGGACUUGUGUGAGGUCCUGAGCCCGCCCACCCGCCCCCAGCCUCACUACGCUCAGACAUAUUUAAGAACCCCUCGGACCCUCACCCCUUUGUCCCAGUGGAAACUCCAGUCUUCUGAUUACAACUUGUGGGUAAGCCCAGAACAGAUAAAUCAUGUGUGACGACGACGAGACCACCGCCUUGGUAUGUGACAACGGCUCUGGCUUGGUCAAGGCUGGGUUUGCUGGUGAUGACGCCCCUCGUGCUGUCUUCCCAUCCAUUGUUGGACGCCCCCGUCACCAGGGAGUGAUGGUGGGCAUGGGCCAGAAGGACAGCUACGUUGGAGACGAGGCUCAGAGCAAGAGGGGUAUCCUGACUCUGAAGUAUCCCAUCGAGCACGGCAUCAUCACCAACUGGGACGACAUGGAGAAGAUCUGGCACCACACCUUCUACAACGAGCUCCGCGUGGCCCCAGAGGAGCACCCAACCCUGCUGACCGAGGCCCCCCUCAACCCCAAAGCCAACAGAGAGAAGAUGACCCAGAUCAUGUUUGAGACCUUCAACGUUCCUGCCAUGUAUGUGGCCAUUCAAGCCGUGCUGUCUCUGUACGCCUCCGGCCGUACCACCGGUAUUGUGCUGGACUCUGGAGACGGUGUGACCCACAACGUGCCCAUCUAUGAGGGCUACGCUCUGCCCCACGCCAUCAUGCGUCUGGAUCUGGCCGGCCGAGACCUGACUGACUACCUGAUGAAGAUCCUGACCGAGCGCGGCUACUCCUUCGUCACGACAGCUGAGCGUGAAAUUGUCCGUGACAUCAAGGAGAAGUUGUGCUAUGUGGCCCUGGACUUUGAGAACGAGAUGGCCACGGCUGCCUCCUCCUCCUCCCUGGAGAAGAGCUACGAGCUGCCCGACGGUCAGGUCAUCACCAUCGGCAACGAGCGUUUCCGCUGCCCCGAGACGCUGUUCCAGCCUUCCUUCAUCGGUAUGGAGUCUGCUGGUAUCCACGAAACUGCGUACAACAGCAUCAUGAAGUGCGACAUUGAUAUUCGUAAGGACUUGUACGCCAACAACGUCCUGUCUGGUGGCACCACCAUGUACCCUGGUAUCGCUGACCGUAUGCAGAAGGAGAUCACCGCCCUGGCCCCAAGCACCAUGAAGAUCAAGAUCAUCGCUCCCCCUGAGAGGAAAUAUUCCGUCUGGAUCGGCGGCUCCAUCCUGGCCUCCCUGUCCACCUUCCAGCAGAUGUGGAUCAGCAAGCAGGAGUACGACGAGGCUGGUCCCUCCAUCGUCCACAGAAAGUGCUUCUAAAUCGCCAACCUGCCACAAAACGCCAACACCUUCCGCUAAAACUUUCCCUUCAUUUCUAUAUUUCUACUGUUCCUUUUGCUGUAUAUACAUGUUCUGUUGUAAUAAUAAAUAGUUGCUUUUUGACAGUAAACUUAA